AUGACUGAUGAAAAAGGAACAAAUGCUAAUGAAGAAACAGAAAAUGCUCUUGAAAUACCAUUAAAAUUAUUGUUAGAAACAAGUAAUCAUUCGAAAAUCGAGCGUAGCGUUCAUGACAUUUUACGUAAAAAUUUUCUUGAACAACGAUCCAUAACAUGGAAACCUAUUAAAGUCGAAUUAAUUGUCAAUACAUCAUUGACGGAUGACUUUUUUGCUGUGCGAAAAAAAUUUGAAAAAGCUGCUGCUGGUAAUCGUUGUGAGUUUGAAGAACGCUAUGCUUUUCUAAUAGAAAAUGACACACAAAUUCUUGAUAUAUGCCAUAAUGGUUAUCAUUGCAUGGAAACUUCUUUCAACGUUUUAGGACAUAGUAAAUAUGGUAUAUAUGUUUGUAAAUAUGCAGAUGUAUGUAUUCGACACGCUAGUGUUCGUCGAACAUGGGAAGGGAAUGUCGUCAUUAAAAUGAUUGUCUUCAAGAUUGUCGAAGGAAAACAAACAGCAGCUCUUGUGCGAAAAGGGCCUAAAUUACAACCGAUUGCACCUACAGCACAAUUUACAAGCCAUUGUUCAGUAAUCACGCCGAAAGAAACCGAUGACCUAGAGAAACAAUUUGAUCAAUCACAAAUAUUUCUUUAUGAAUUUGAAGGUCGUGAAGCAAUUAAACGACCUCAUCAUUGUCUACCUUAUGCAAUAGUUAGUCUAAUUCAAGACGGAAGUCAAUGGCCAUCAAAUUUUGAUGAUUUUGAUACAGAUACAGAUAUAUUAGAAACAGAUACAUUACGAGUUAUUGCACAAACUGAUGAUCCAUUAUUACAGAAUAAAUUAAAAGAAAAUAUUCAAUUAGCUGAAGCAGCUACACGUGCUCUUGAACAUAUUUAUGAAGAAGAGCCACCACCACCAACAGUAGUAGAACAACAACAACAACAUUCCCCAAACACAAAUUGGGAAACCAGUUCUACCAUACCAAUAUCAGAUAAUACAUCGGCUCCUGCCACUAAUGGAACACUACCAUCAUCACCGGCAAUACCUAAUGGUAAUCGAUCGGCAACAUCAUCACCAUCUACGGGGCUAUUGACAAAUAAUAAUGAAAUUUUCUUGAAUUCUACAAUACCACCACCGCCGCCACCACCACCGCCACCUACAAUAUCUUCGGGAUCGACAAGUCCAAAUAGUAUAGUACCAGCUACAGCUGUCGCGACAACUCUCCCAUUAGCUCACUCAGCUACAGCUAUUCAAGCUGCUUAUCGACAAAGUGGUCUUCUCGGUGCUGUUCCAACUGCAGGAGCAAUACGAGCACCAUCGGGUGUUGUAUAUGCUGCAGCCCCUGGCCUUGGAAAUGGUCUUAAUGGGCAAGUAAUCUAUGGCGGUAUUUCAUUAGAUGCUCUUCGUGGUUAUCAAGCAGCAGCUGCUACGAAUCCAAUGGCCUUUGCAACGCAUGCAGGUCAAAACAUACAACAAUCAGCUCUUUAUGCUGCUCAGUUACAAGCUAUGGUCCAACAGCAACAAGCUGCCCAAUUAGCUGCUGCAGCUCAACAACAACAACAACAACAGCAAAGUUUACUUAAUGGUAUUCCUGCUGGUUAUACACUGGUACGUACAGCUGGUGGUGGUUAUGCUUUACUUGGCCAAAGUUCAUCAACAAAUACUGCAGCAAUACAACAACAAGUACAGUUUGCACAACAACAACAGCAACAACAACAACAACAGCAGCAGCAGCAGCAACAAUACAUUACUUUAAAUGCAGCUGGUCAACCAACAGCAACAGCUGCAGCACGAUUUCCAGUUGCUAUGGUUGGCGGACAACCACAACAAAUUGUUUAUCAAUAUGCUGGACAGCCAACUGUACAAGCAGGCCAAACACAAUAUAUUCAAUUGCCUGUUAAUUAUGCACAACAACAGGGAUUAUCGGCACAGUCGAUUCUACAAGCAACAAAUGCAGCUUCUGCACAAGCUUAUAUGACUCAAUCACCAGCUCACUACAUCGGUGCACCACAGCCAGCUAAUGCAAAUGGGUCUGCAACAAACUCAGCUUCCGUCGUUUCAUCGCCAACUCUACUUCAAUCGCAACCAGCAUCAACAGUUAUUUCACCACAAAAACAAAGCGCAGCAACAGCUACAGCAGCUGCUAUUCAACAACAACAACAAUACCAACAUGCAUAUCAUCCACAACAGCAGCAGCAACAACAACAACAACAACAACAACAAGCUGCUAAUGGUGCUAAUGCAAAUAAUAUUUAUUAUGCUGCUAUGACGCAAGCAGCAGCUCAACAGCAACAACAACUGAACUUAAUGGCUCAGAUGCAAUAUGCUGCUCAGCAAGCUGUACCACAACAAAUGUAUUAUACAUCAACCGGUGCUCAAGCGAUUUAUCAAGCAGGUGGUCAAAGUUAUGUUCUUGCUUCAGCAGCUCCAACACCAGGAUCAGUCACUACUACCGGAGCUCCAGUAAUGUAUUCAGCUGGUCCUGCUCUACACAAUGGUGCUACUCAACAACAUCCAUCUCAAUCCCAACAGCAAAUAGCUUAUCAAAUUACUGCUGCUAGUGGACAACCAACUGCUGCUGGUGCUUAUCAAAUGAUUAAAACAACAUCGAAUCAAAAUGUUAAUGCACAACAACAAUCAACAGCUACUGCUGCUGCUGCUGCUGGCGUUGUGGCUCAACAACCAGCCCAACUUGUGCAACGAUCAAAUGUAAUACCACAAGUCAGACAUCAUCCAUACAGAAGUUAA